AUGGCGUCUGCUCUCACCGUCCUCCUCGAGGGGUCCUACCCCAAACCCUCCAUCUCCAUCAGCCCCGGUGGGGUGAUCCCCGUGGGAGGAAACGUCACCAUCUGGUGUGGGCAUCAGUACCCGGGCAUGAGGUUCCUCCUCUACAAGGCUGGAGAUGGGAACUAUCUGACUUACACAGAUCCUGUUGGUUAUGUGGCUGAAUUUCCCAUCACCAGCGCCAGACGGGAACACAGUGGCAGCUACACCUGUCGUUCUACCUACAGAACAGGACCAGCUGCCUACUCAGAGCCCAGCGACCCUGUGCAGAUCAUUGUAGCAGUGACCAGGGCAGACAGAGGCAGCUACACCUGCUAUUAUCCCCCCGACUCGGAUCCCGACACCUGGUCGGAGCCCAGCGACCCCGUGAAGCUGGUGGUAGCAGAGCCCAGUUACCCCAAACCCAACAUCUCCAUGAGCCCCAGUGGGGGGGUCUCCCUGGGGGGAGCCGUGACCGUCCGGUGUCGGGGGCAGCGCCGGGGUGUGUGGUUCGUGCUGAAUAAAGAGCGACGCCAUUUCCCACCUGUGGAUUCGGACGGGUUUGAGGCUGUGUUUUCCAGCAGCAAUGUUCACCGGGAUCUCGGCGGGAGCUACAGCUGCUCCUAUCACAGCAGAUCGGAGCCGUUCGCCGUGUCCUACCCCAGCGACCCCAUGGAGCUGGUGGUGAGAGAUCCCAGCUUACCCAGACCCUCCAUCUCUCUAAGCCCCACUGGGGUCACCGCCCCAGGGGCAGACGUCACCAUCUGGUGUCAGGGGCAGCGCCGGGACGUGAGGUUCUUCCUGCACAAGGCUGGAGACCUGAACCUGCAGCGACACGUGGACCCUGCUGGGGACGUGGCCAAGUUCCGGAUCCGCAACGUGGGCCGGCAGCACGGAGGGAACUACAGCUGCAGCUACCGGCGCCGAUCAGAGCCCUUCGUCUCAUCGUACACCAGCAGCUAUGUGGAGCUGGUGGUAGCAGACGGAUCGGAAUCGCCGGCAUCUCCGGGUCUGACCAGCCUCAUCAUCACCGGGGUGAGCGCGGCAGCCGCCGGCCUCCUCCUUCUCCUCCUCCUCGUGGCCUUAGUCUGCUUCAGAAAAACCCGAGCCAACUCCUCCGUUGAUGAAGGAAAAGAGACACAGACCCUGGAGCCCGACCCUGACGGACUCACCUACGCGGAGCUGGACGGACGGGUGCUGCAGGCCAAGCGGGGGGGCCCGGCCCAUGACCCUGAGCCCUCCCAGCCCAGCGUGUAUGCUGCGAUCAACGUAAGCCGUGGGGCCCUGCAGUGA